AUGCCUCGGGUCUACUUCUAUUUGAGUGGCAAGAGUGAGAAACACAUCGAGUGCAUCAUUGAGACAUCGACGCAAGGCACUUCGCCUCUGCUCUCGCCUCGCCUGGCCCGGCUACCGCAGCUGCCACAGGUUUUGCAGCUAUGGACAGGAGGCAGUCCGCGACUCUUGGUCUACAGUUUGCGAGCUCUGCACCAUUUGCUUGAAAGCCAAAAAGGCGAAGACGCUGAACACUUGGAUGCAGAGAAGACUGAGACGAUCAUGGAAAAAGUCUACCACAUCCUGGCCCGGGAAGUGCCGCAAGUGGCAAGCGAGGUAUUUCUGGCUAGCAGAGAUGAGGCUGAGUGGCGCCAGACAUGGCUGUACUUGAUCCUGUUGGCCCAGCUCCGUGUACCUUGCAACCGUGAGAUGAAACUCCCAGUGGGGUCUCAUGAACACUCGCUGGACCUAUUGCUGGGCCGCUUGAAUGUUUAUAUCAGCAAGCCAGAAACAGCAAUCAAAGAUGUGCCAAAUGCUUUCUACAUCUCUCACAUGAAGAUGGUUGAAAAAUUUGUGCGAGAAAAAUACAGUUCAGAUUGCCGCGUGCCGCUGUUCCUGGGAGGCGAAACUGCUGGAAUCAGUGCCGAAGACCUUCUGGAGCAGUUGGUGGAGCAACGAAUUAUUGUGCAAGCCUGCAUGCGCCCAGGGCAGCGUUGGGGCGACGUGAUGAAGCCGCUGCUCCAUGGAACCCGCGCAGAGACCCUUGCGGUCGUCCUGGACCAGGGAUGUCCCCUCGCCACCUUUCCAAAGAUCACCUCGGCAACGACAGAACGAGAGAAGAUCCGUCUUCCACUCCCCACAAACUUGCACCCGAACAAUCUUGCAGCUGCUAUGCAACUGCUAAGCAGCAACAGACUGUACAGACCAGCGCCCAAAUCGAACAGUGCCGACCUGUUUAUCAAGCAGUCGAACCUCAUCAUAGAGCUGCAAGACAAGAGCGGAGUGUCAGUUGGGGUCUCCUUCUUAGACGCUUGUCAGGAGGUGGAAAAAUGCAUUCAGGAGGGGCCUGUGCUAUGGGUGCUAGUUGCACUUAAGCUGACGGAUUCGCUACUUCGCUGUGUCGGGACGGAGAAAGCCCUGUUGCUCACGCCUGGUGUCUACCAAGAGGAAAAGUCUGCUGAGGGUGGGCUGCUGUACCGUCCCGCUGGGAAGAGUAAAAAGUGGCAAAAACGCAUAUUGCGUGGAACAUGGUCCGAUCUUGGCUCAGCAAGUGGGGAGGCCAAGGACACCCGCCGACUGGAAGUGCGAGAAGGCUUGGAGCUGGUGAUCCCGCAUCCGGAGCACGUGAAGGCAUUCCUCGAAGACGACUUUGAGAUU